AUGGCCAUCACGACGACUCUUCGCCUGAUAUGGCAACUCACCCCAGUGGCUGUCAGGACCGCGGUACUCAAUCUCCUGCGGUUAUCGCAGAAUGCUAAGAAGCAAGAUCUGAAGACUGAGGUCAUCGUUGCCGUCCUCAAGAAGCUCACCAGUGUUCCCCAGCCGAUAGGGUCAGUUCAGAAAUGGGGACUCCGCGAUCCGGGCAUCAAGGGACCGAUAUGGAUCUCUACCGUGACUAUGCCGGCGCCCGCUGAGAGCGAUACACUUGAUGUUCUGCUUCGCGCCAUCGAGGCCAUGGGUGAUGGUACAGAGCAGUUCACCAAACCAACCGUCGCCUCUAUAGAAGCCGAAUGGACCGGUGCUCGACACGGCGUUGGGAAGAAUGAGCCUCGGCCAGACCUGCCCGAAGCUGAACAGUACAACAAAUUGCUCAACGAAAGCCCCGGCAAGACUACCAUCCUCUAUUUCCAUGGCGGCGCGUAUCUUAUGAUGGAUCCGGCAACUCACCGCGUGACUACUGGCAAGCUGUCCAAGAGAACUGGCGGUCGCGUGCUCUCAGUCCGCUACCGACUCGCUCCUCAGUUUCCCUUCCCAGCAGCCCUCCUCGAUGCCUUCCUCGCCUACCUCUAUCUUAUUUCACCCCCGCCGGGUUCCUUUCACGAUCCCGUCAAGCCGUCCCACAUCGUCUUUGCGGGAGAUUCGGCAGGUGGAGGGCUGUCAACUGCGCUCCUUCUUCUCUUGCUGCACCUCCGUCGGUCUGGCGUGACCCAUGUCCAGAUUCACGGCAAGUCCGUCGAGCUGGGAAUUCCCGCAGGCAUCGCCACAAACAGCCCAUGGCUCGACGUGACGCACGCUCUGCCAAGUAUGCAACGCAAUAAGCAAUACGAUUACCUCCAGCUUCCGAAUCCCGAUGGCACUCCUACCACUGAGCCGCCCCGAGAUGACAUCUGGCCUGCUUCACCGCCCAGGGCCGAGAUAUACUGCAAUGCUAGCAUGCUGACACACCCUCUCGUGUCUCCAGCUGCGGCCUCGGCAGAGCUCUGGAAAGGCACUCCGCCAGUGUUUAUGGUCUGCGGUGAGGAGCUCUUGACCGACGGCGCAACGGCAGCGGCGCGCCAGAUCCACGGUGUUGGCGGAGUAGUGCAUUUUGUCGGCUACGAGGGCAUGCCGCAUUGCUUUUCCAUGAUCUUUCAGACUGAAGACUGUUUCUCGCGCUGGGCCCAGUUUUGCAUGGAUGCGGCCACGGACCCCAAGCUGCUUGGGAGACCGAACACCGGGACCUGGGUUAGGGCAUUAACAAACCCUCCUGAGGGAUACGAGAGCGAGCUUGCAAGCAUCAACGCCUUGUCAGGCGAGGAGGUGCGGCGGCUAAUGACGGUUGCAAAGGCCAAGGCCGUGAUACGGGAGGAGGAGCUGGUCAAAAAGUGGGAACAAAAGGAGACCAGGGCGAAGUUGUGA